AUGGCGUCUUUUCGAUUUACGCAUGUUUUCUCACAAACUACCAAAUAUUUGCCAACUGUGGCAUGUUCUGAGGUUAAAGUUAACAUAGUAUGUUUGCAGAGUAUAGCUCGUUAUUCUAUGAUUUCUUCAAGCCUACCAGGAGUCGAGGUUCCAGAGAUACCUAAUUUUUUACAUUUAACUCCAUCAGCCAUCAAGAAACACUGUCUUGCAUUAAAAGUAUUUUGCACAGAUUGGCCGAAAGCGCUGGAUUCAGAUGAGAAAGUGGAGAACCAUUUUCCAGUCGAGAUAGAAACAAGUGAUUAUAUUUUUUCAGGGCCCUCACUAAGACAUCCAAUGGCAAGAGUUGUUAAACUUAAUGUUAAGUUGUCUCAUUUAGAAUUGGAUCUUCACGCAAGAAGAAAACUGAUUAAAUUGGUUGGAGACAGAUAUGAUAAAGAUACAGACACCCUCACAAUAACUGCAGACAGAUGUCCGACUAAGAAACAGAACCGUGACUAUGCUCUUUAUUUAUUAACUGUACUUUACCAUGAAUCAUGGAAAACUGAAGCUUGGGAAGCUGAUAAAACCGAUGAUGAUAUGGAGGAAUUCAUUUGGGAAAAUAGUGUAUCACAGAAGAAUAUAAUUAAUUUGAUAGAAAAUAUGAAAGAAAAGCCUGAAACCCUGAAAGCAGUCAAAUCUCAUGAUGACAUCAUCCAGUCUCAAGAAGUUCUGCAAUACAAGACGGCUCUUAAAAAACUACAUGAUGAAAAAGAAUGUUUGGAAAAUGUUGAAGAUUAUAAAGAAGCUGUUAAAAAGAUUCUACUUGUGAAAUCAUCAUGAAAGUGAAUUAAAAAAUCAAAUACCAUAAAUCUUUAAGUUCACAUUUUAUAUAAAAGGCACAGUUCAGAUUCUUAGGCUAUAUGUAUAGAUGUUGAUUCAUUCGACAUGUCAUUCAUUAUUUGAACUGCGCCCUCUAUAGAGUGAAUCUUAGACUAAAUGUGUUGGGUUUACCAUAUAUGAAUGUUGCCUAUAGAGGGUGCUACUCUGAGAAUCUGGGUUCUAUAUGCCCGGAAUCUUUGAUGUGGUAGGCCUACAUAGAUGAGUGUUGCUCAUAAAGGGUGCUGCUCGGACACUGGAACAUUUUCAAAUGACGUUGUUGACCACUUUGCUCAUUACUGUAAAAUCUUUGUUAGAAGCCAUGGUUUCUAUUAAAAUAUUACAAUACGACAGAGGGGAUGUGGCUUCUAUUUGAGCAUCUACACAUAAAAAAUGGUGAAUUUUAGGUUCUCAAUUAUUCAAAAUGAAUGGGUGCGACUUCUAUUAGGGAUGCUACUCCUAAUACAUAUUUUACGGUAAUUGGCUGGUUAGA